AUGCGCCCAGCGCCACCCCUCGGCGGCGCCCAAUCCCCACCGGGCCCGCCCCGCCCGCAGCACGCGGAGCCCCGGCAGCCGUCGCCAGCCCGACCCCUGAACUGGCAUCCGCCGGCCCUCCCGCCGCGCCAACAGCACACAGGAGUGGCGAGCCCGGGCGAAGCCGCCAGGGAGCGCGGAGCGGGGGCACGGCGGGGGUCCGCGUGGGCGAGCUCCGGGCCAGCCGAGGUGGGGACACAGGUGGGGCGUGGAGAGACAGAGCGGCGGCCACGCGGAGAGGAGAGGGCAAAGCUAACCCUGAUGAUUAUAAUGGCUGUCUUCAUUCCAGUUGGGAUCCUUCAUAAGCCAUAUGGAGCGGUCCAUGUGGUACACAAUUAAAGCCUCCUGCCACAGCCACAUGUGUGAGCUUGGAAUGAGAUCCCCUGUCUCACUUCAGUCCUCAGAGACCACAUCCCUGGCCGAUGUUUUCAAUGCAACCUCAUGAGAGACCUCGAGGCAGAACCACCCAGCUAAACCACUCCAUGAAUCCUGACCCUCACAAACUGUGUAUGAUAAUAAAUGUUUCAAGCUGC